AUGGCGCCUCAACCACCAAAUUGGAGCGUGCUUCCCUACCCUUAUGAGGAACAUGUACAUGGUAUGACAUAUCAUCCACCACCAUUACAUCCUCCACCUACACAGCAAAAUUCCUGGGUCAAUUACUAUCCACCUCGACCACUUCUUGAGCAUAUCGAAGAAGAUGAUACUACGGAUUCCUACCAUGACUUACCCCAAGAUUGUGAAAUUGAAGGAGAAGAUGAACUGGAAUUCGAUCCCAUCAUUGAUUGUCGUCCAAACCGGAGAAACAAGAAAAUACCUUCUGGGCAAGGCCCUACUGCUCGAAGCUCAACAAGCGUGAAGUCUAAAGGGAAAGCUAAAACUAAAGCUACUUCCAGAUCUAGAGCGACAUCGAUUAUCAACCCUGACACUUUCCCUAUUGAUGAUACCCCUGGUGAUGUCGACGUUACGAGUACUAUGACUGCGAUCUUUCUCCCUGAUCCCUCUCAACCCCCUAUCCAGUUGAGAGGAAUGAGCAAGAAUGGUCUAUUGCCUGCUCCUGAAGGAUGUAUAUUAGAUGUAAACGAUCUUCUCAUCCUUCAUCCAUCAAAGAAGGAACACCAAGGUCUGAAAGGUCAUACAAGUCAAUACGAAAUGUACACUUGUAGAGUAUGUUCGAAGACUUAUGAUGGAAAGAACGCUAGAAGUGUAGCCAGAAGACAUCUGCAAGAUAAACAUGGUGUUCCUCUAUCAGUUCAAAAGAGGAGAAGUAGAUGGGAUUAUGAACCUGAUCGACCAAAGUCUGAGAAAGAUGCAAAGGAGCGAAGUUUGAAGUCUAAGAGAGAUUGGGUAAAUAGACAUCGUCAAAUACAAAAAUUGGAAAAAAAUCACGAGCCUUUCCUCGAGCGAUUCGGUCCAAAUGGUAUCAUCGCUCCUUGUGGCACAAAACUUGUGGCCCCGAUGUUUCGUGGAGAAGUGGAAGCGCCCACAAAAGGAAAGAACAAACGAUACCUUGAUGGUACUAAUGGUAAUCUAAUCAUACCCGAAAGUAUAUUGAGAGGUCUAGAUUCAAUAAUGGAUAGUAAGAGUACACUAAGAUCAUCAGGAGAUAUGGAUACGCAAGAUCCACCGGAUGAACAACAAGAGGUUUCGGUCAAGACCAUUCAAAGUAAGGUAAAAGCAAGAAAGGGACAAGGGAAAAAAACGUCAGCCAAAGGUCGUGAGCCUUUAACACUCCUUGAUGCCCAAGAAAGUCUAGCGUCGAGAACAGAAACGCCACUUCGAGCAUUGUCUUCGAUAUCGAAUUCACCCGAUCAACAGUAUCCAAUGCAGUAUCAAGACUCUGCCACCCCAAUCACUUCAUUCCGCGGCUUACCUUCUCAUCCACCUCACAUCUACGCCUUGCAAAACAGUCAACCCCUUCAACCAGCUUCUAUGGCUUUCUACAACGGCCAGUAUCAUUUCACAUUCCAGCCCACGUUCUCUCAUGAUGUUCAACAAUUUCAGAGUUAUGGAGAACCAGACGAAAUGGAAUCAUCCCAAAUCUUACCUAAAGAGGAGGAAUCUGUUCCUUCUUCGCCUGAAGAGAUGGCUCCUAUGCCGGAACAGCAAUGGGUAGCUUCUGAUUCUUGGACACAACUCCAAGUGGAAUGCCAUCCAGUCGAUCAAGCGUUGGAUAUCACUCAGCAGUGGCAAGGCCUUCAGCCAUCCAACUGGUCUCAAGAGGAAGCGGGAGGAAGUGUAAAUGGUGACCUGAAAGACGGAAGUACAGAGACUGAAGGUGAAGGUGAGGCGGUGGCGGCAGAAAGUCUCCUCAACCUCCAUAGUACACCGUCCCGUGGUCCAGAUGAUACUGGGAGGAACGACGUCCAGCUUGAUCGAGCUCAAGUGCAAUUCAAUAGGCUUCCAAAAGCGGUUGAAGAUGUGAACACAGUCCCAGGUGUUGAUGCAGGUGAUCCAGCUUGGUCCUCUCAACUUCUUUCUGCACCCACAAUUAAGUCACCUACUCGACCUCGUGCAGGUAGAUCUUCGUCUUUUAUCCAACCAUUCCGAGAUCCUAGACCUGAAGUAACUCGAUCGCUCUCUUUUGAUGCUAGACCAAACCUAGAAGACCCCUUUGUCCUUCCUGAAUCGCCGACAAGACCAUCAAGUGUCAACGGUUCCAAUAGACUUACACCACUUGCUAGUAUUAGAAGAGCUAAAAGACACACAAUAUCUUUACCUAGUCCAUCACCGUUAACAACAUCAUUAAAAAAACGUAAAGAAGCUCCCACAUCGCCCGUAAAUAGAAGAGCCCUGAAACCGGUUUCGACCAACUUUACUUUCAAUUUUAGACCGAAUUAUAGUGGAUCAUUCGCCACUCCCAUCAAGCCAUCUUCUGCUAAUUCAAUUUCGAAUUCGACCUUCCCCCAAUCAGUCACUAAGGAAUGGUUACAAUUCUCUUCACCAAAUAAUGCAGAUGCAGCUAUGAGUUUAGGAUUAGUCCCUACUCAUUUAGCGCCAGCUACACCGGGAUUAACAGGCAUCGUAGGUGCCGAAACUCCUGAAAUGACUAUUUUAGAGGCUAGAGCUAAGAAGAGAAGGAGUGAAGCCGGUACACCAGGUCUCGGGAUUGGUUCGGGAUUGAGAAGAAGGUCAUAA